GGGGCUCCUCCCCCGUGUCCACCGGCGUGUUUUCAGGGGCGACCCGGAUGCAUUUACCAGCGGAGCGGAGCUCCCGGCUCGACCGAGGUCACUCUCCCCGCUCCGUGCUGGAACAAGCCGUGUCAGGUCGUGCCCGGGCUCGUGAGGCUGAGCAGUCGGUGGCCCCCGCCGCCACCACCCCUCCGCCGGCCCGUGGACGUGAUGAGGCGUUGCCCGGAGAGGGAGAGGGAUUAGGCCCCUGAGCUCAGGUGCUGUCAUUUCUCUCACUCGGCUGUCGUUGAAGUAGCAGCUACCCUACCCUGUGCUGACCCGGGAGCCAAGGCUCAGAAAGGAAGUGUCGGGUUUCGAGAGUUUGGAUGCAAAACGUGGGAGACUGGCUUAAGAGCUGGGGCCUGUUAGUCGCUUUAACCAGGAGGUGAAGCCUGAGCAUGGGGCAGGCACGUAGCAGCACCGCUGAGGCUCAGGUGUCUGUGACCUUCGAUGACGUGGCCGUGACUUUUACCCAAGAGGAGUGGGCGCAGCUGGACCCGGCCCACAGGACCCUGUACCAGGAGGUGAUGCUGGAAAACUGCAGGCUCCUGCUGUCCCUGGGGUGUCCUGUGCCCGGGCCUGAGUGGAUCUACCAGCUGGAGCACGGGCGGCAGCCGUGGGCGACGAAGGGCGGUCUCUCCCGAGGCGCCUGUCCAGACAGAGGACACAGAUCGGAAGAGAUGAAGAACGUGGGGCUGCAGGCGCUCCAGACACAAAGCGUCCGUGUCCUCACCGACCUGCCACCUCUUGGCCUCGAUGUGUGGCCGCGUAGACGUGGAGCGCCGCCAGCCCGGGAGACGCACCAGCGCCUCGGUAACAAAGGAAAAUUGGAGAGUAUAGAACCUACCGUAAAUGAGCCAGCCUUGCUGGAGGGAGCCCCAGAGGACUGCCGGGUGGCCCAAGCCCAGGGCCAGGAUGGGCCGUCGGAAGUGCAGGAAGAACGCUUGAGGCCAGAGAGAGGCCCUCAGAAGGAGACGAGCCCUGGGAAAUCGAGUCCUGGGCAUGACAACUCAGGCACAGCCCGGGGUGUGGGACCAAGGACGGCGCAGGAGCCAGCCCCGCCGGAGGCUGCCGUGCUUGACCUUAAUUCAUGUGAAUCAGGUAAAGAGCUCGUGAUUCCGGAGGAGGAAAAUGUCUUUAAAUGCAGUGAGUGUGGGAAGGUUUUUAACAAGAAACACCUUCUUGCUGGACAUGAGAGGAUUCACUCUGGAGUGAAGCCCUAUGAGUGCACGGAGUGUGGGAAAACCUUUAUUAAGAGCACUCACCUCCUGCAGCACCACAUGAUCCACACGGGGGAGAGGCCCUAUGAGUGCAUGGAGUGUGGCAAGGCCUUCAACCGCAAGUCGUACCUAACACAACACCAGCGCAUUCACAGUGGCGAGAAGCCUUACAAGUGCAGUGAGUGUGGAAAGGCCUUCACCCACCGCUCCAAUUUUGUCUUGCAUAAGAGGAGACACACUGGAGAAAAAACCUACGUGUGCAAAGAGUGUGGGCAGGUCUUUCGACAUAGGCCAGGAUACCUUCGACACCACAUCGUCCAUAGUGGCGAGAACCCUUACGAGUGCUUCGAGUGCGGCAAGGUUUUCAAACACAGGUCAUACCUCAUGUGGCACCAGCAGAGCCACACUGGAGAGAAGCCCUAUGAGUGCAGUGAGUGUGGGAAAGCCUUCUGUGAGAGCGCAGCCCUCAUCCACCACUACGUCAUCCACACGGGGGAGAAGCCCUUCGAGUGUCUCGAGUGUGGGAAGGCCUUCAACCACAGGUCUUACCUCAAGAGGCACCAGCGGAUCCACACUGGGGAGAAGCCUUUUGUGUGCACCGAAUGUGGAAGGGCCUUCACCCACUGCUCCACGUUCAUCUUGCAUAAAAGGGCCCACACUGGAGAGAAGCCUUUUGAGUGCAAAGAGUGUGGAAAAGCCUUUAGCACUAGGAAGGACCUGAUUCGACACUUCAGCAUCCACACUGGGGAGAAGCCUUUUGAGUGCACAGAGUGUGGAAAAGCCUUCAACCGCAGGUCAGGCCUCACGCGGCACCAGCGGAUUCACAGUGGCGAGAAGCCCUAUGAGUGCAUGGAGUGCGGGAAAUCCUUCUGCUGGAGCACAAACCUGAUCCGACAUGCCAUAAUCCACACUGGAGAGAAGCCCUAUAAGUGCAGUGAGUGUGGAAAGGCCUUCAGUCGAAGUUCAUCCCUCACUCAGCAUCAGAGGAUUCACAGUGGGAGAAACCCUGUCGGUGUGACAGAUGUGGGAAAACCCUUUACAAGUGGGCACGCUUCAGUUACCCUUCGAGAACUCCUUCUGGGAAAAGAUUUUUUGAAUGUAAAAACUGAGGAAACUGUUUUGCCAGAGAAAACUACCACAGCAUCUGAUCGUACAUACCAAAGAGAAACACCACAGGCAUCUUCACCGCCGGGCGGGGAGGAAGCCGGCGCCGUCCGCUGUCGUGAGGACGUGCGCGACGGUGGCCCCGACGGCGCCCCCGUGGCUGCGGGCGGGCAGGUUGACAGCGAGCGCCCCGACCGGCUCCCGCCCCGACGGCUCCCGCCCGACGGCUCCCGCCCCGACGGCUCCCGCCCCGACGGCUCCCGCCCCGACGGCUCCCGCCCCGACGGCUCCCGCCCCGACGGCCGCUGGGCUCCGCCCCUGGCGCCUCAUUGGCCCGGCCUGGGCCCGUCUCUCCUAUUGGCUGCCCUGCGUACGGCCUCCGAAACCCCAGCCAAUAGGAACCGACCAGGAACUGGCGCUCGGCCAACGGGGCGGGGCGCGCGCUACAAGGGCCCGUCGGGCGUCGCCGCGCCGCGUGGCCGCCGAGGAGCCGGAGGCGACGCGCGGGGCGAGCUCGGCCGACGCUGCCGCCGCGUCCCCCCGGCCGACCCCGACCCGGACGCCCAGCGCCGACGGCCCGAGGGGCGCCCCGCGCCCCGCCGCCCCACAGCCGGGAUGAAGUCGGGCGACGUCCCGGCCGCAGGUGGGGGCAACGGCCGGGCGGGCGGGCGCGGAGGGAGCGCGCGAGGCCGCACAGCCCGUCUCUCGCCCGCAGAAGCUGCAGGAGACCCCGCGCCGCCCGGCGCCACCGUGCGGCGCCUCGCCGUCGACGACUUUGAGAUCGGGCGUCCCCUGGGCAAGGGGAAGUUUGGGAACGUGUACUUGGCGCGCCUCAAGGAGAGCCGCUUCCUCGUGGCCCUCAAGGUCCUCUUCAAGUCCCAGAUAGAGAAGGAGGGGCUGGAGCACCAGCUGCGCAGGGAGGUCGAAAUUCAGGCCCAUCUGCGACACCCCAAUAUCCUACGCCUGUACAACUACUUCCACGAUGCACGCCGGGUGUACCUGGUUCUGGAAUAUGCUCCCGGGGGUGAGCUCUACAAGGAGCUGCAGAAAAGCCGCACGUUAGAUGAACAGCGGACAGCUACGAUAAUAGAGGAGCUGGCAGAUGCGCUCACCUACUGCCAUGAGAAGAAGGUGAUCCACAGGGAUAUUAAGCCAGAGAACCUGCUGCUGGGGUACAGGGGUGAGGUGAAGAUUGCAGACUUUGGCUGGUCUGUGCACACUCCCUCUUUAAGGAGAAAGACCAUGUGUGGGACUCUGGACUACUUGCCUCCAGAAAUGAUUGAGGGGAGAACAUACAACGAGACGGUGGACCUGUGGUGCAUCGGGGUACUCUGCUACGAACUGCUGGUGGGAAACCCCCCCUUUGAGAGCCCCACGCACAAUGAGACCUACAGACGAAUUGUCAAGGUAGAUGUACGGUUUCCCCCAUCUCUGCCUCAAGGGGCCCAAGACUUGAUCUCCAGCCUUCUGAGAUACCAGCCCUCAGAGCGACUGCCCUUGGCCCGGAUCCUGGCGCACCCCUGGGUCCAGCUGCACUCUCGGAGGGGCGCAGAGCCCGGCCUUUAUCCAUCUACCCUCACGCCCCCGACGGCCUCGCGGCCUGAAAUCGCAGCUCCCCGGCGUCGCCCGGGGUCUCGGGACCUGGUAACCCGGCACGGCUUAGGAUGGUGCCCGCCCCGCACGACGCCACCCUGCUCGGACGCCCGUCGAGCCCCGCCGGCUCCGGGGUCGGUGUCCGUGCGUCCACGGCGGGGGCCCGGGCAGGGCUCAGGCGCCCUCCCCUGGCGGAGAGUCCGCGGCUCCUUUAUGGAAACCCCCGGGGGCGGUGCUCGGGCGCACCGGGGAGGACGGCCCGUUUCCCGUCGCCCGCGGACGCGCCCUAGCGCAGAGUCGCGUCCCAUAAGGCUGUGCGCGCGCGUCGGCCAGGCGGGGCCAAUGAGAGCCCAGGACGGGCGCUUCCUGCCGCGGGGGCGGGGCUUCCGCCGCUCGGGCCACGUCAUUGGCGCGCGACGGUUCUUCCACGGUGGAGGCGGCGGCGGGCGGCGCUGCUCGCGUGUGGCCGCGGAAAUGAGCGGCCGGCCGGCGCGGCCGGGGCAGCGGGCGGCGAGGGUCCCCAUGCGGGGCCCGUGCGGCCGUCGGGCCGGGGCCCCGCGCGCCCCCCCGGGUCCGCAGUGGCGGCCGCCGCGCCGGGCCCCGCGCAGCCCACAUGUCACCCCAACGUCUCCUGUGACUGUCCAGUGGCUCCCCAGCGCUUGGUCUCUGCACCUCCAUCGGGGAUGCCAAGACCGGCUGGGAUCCCGCCCAGUGCCCUCCGGCCAACACGUCUACUUGUGUUUCACGCUGCAGGUGUCUGUGACCUUCGAUGACGUGGCCGUGACUUUUACCCAGGAGGAGUGGGCGCAGCUGGACCCGGCCCAGAGGAUCCUGUACCAGGAGGUGAUGGUGGAAAACUGCAGGCUCCUGCUGUCCCUGGGGUAUCCUGUGCCUGGACCUGAGCUGUUCGGCCAGCUGGAGCACGGGCACGAGCUGUGGGCAGUGAAGGAAGCUCUCUCCCAAGGCGGCUGUCCAGGUUACAAAGGAAAACUCAAGACCACAGAACCUCCCGUUCAUGAGCCAGGUCUAUCUGAGAGGCCCUCAUUUCAUGAGCCGCUAAUACAAGAAGCCCCAGAAGACUCCCAGCUGAGCCAUACCCAGGACCAGGAUGGGCCGUCAGAAGUGCAGGAAGAACACUUGAGGCCAGAGAGAGGUGCUUGGAAGGAGACGAGCCCUGGGAAAUCGAGUCCUGGGCAUGACAACUCAGGCACAGCCCGGGGUGUGGGAUCAAGGAUGGCACAGGAGCCAGCCCCACCGGAGGCUGCCGUGCUUGACCUUAAUUCAUGUGAAUCAGGUAAAGAACUCGUGAUUCCGGAGGAGGAAAAUGUCUUUAAAUGCAGUGAGUGUGGGAAGGUUUUUAACAAGAAACGCCUCCUUGCUCGUCAUGAGAGGAUUCACUCUGGAGUGAAGCCCUAUGAGUGCACGGAGUGUGGGAAAACCUUUAGCAAGAGCACUUACCUCCUGCAGCACCACAUGGUCCACACGGGGGAAAAGCCCUAUAAGUGCAUGGAGUGUGGCAAGGCCUUCAACCGCAAGUCCCACCUUACACAACACCAGCGCAUUCACAGUGGUGAGAAGCCUUACAAGUGCAGUGAGUGUGGAAAGGCCUUCACCCACCGCUCCACUUUCGUCUUGCAUAACAGGAGCCACACUGGAGAAAAACCCUUUGUGUGCAAAGAGUGUGGAAAAGCCUUCCGAGAUAGGCCAGGUUUCAUUCGACAUUAUAUUAUCCAUAGUGGCGAGAACCCUUACGAGUGCUUCGAGUGCGGCAAGGUUUUCAAACACAGGUCAUACCUCAUGUGGCACCAGCAGAGCCACACUGGAGAGAAGCCCUAUGAGUGCAGUGAGUGUGGGAAAGCCUUCUGCGAGAGCGCAGCCCUCAUCCACCACUACGUCAUCCACACAGGGGAGAAGCCCUUCGAGUGUCUCGAGUGUGGGAAGGCCUUCAACCACAGGUCUUACCUCAAGAGGCACCAGCGGAUCCACACUGGGGAGAAGCCCUAUGUGUGCACUGAAUGCGGAAAGGCCUUCACCCACUGCUCCACGUUCAUCUUGCAUAAAAGGGCCCACACCGGAGAGAAGCCUUUUGAGUGCAAAGAGUGUGGAAAAGCCUUUAGCAACCGGGCAGACCUGAUUCGACACUUCAGCAUCCACACUGGGGAGAAGCCCUAUGAGUGCACAGAGUGUGGAAAAGCCUUCAACCGCAGGUCAGGCCUCACGCGGCACCAGCGGAUUCACAGUGGCGAGAAGCCCUAUGAGUGCAUGGAGUGCGGGAAAUCCUUCUGCUGGAGCACAAACCUGAUCCGACACUCUGUCAUCCACACUGGAGAGAAGCCCUACGAGUGCAGUGAGUGUGGAAAGGCCUUCAGUCGAAGUUCAUCCCUCACUCAGCAUCAGAGGAUUCACAGUGGGAGAAACCCUGUCGGUGUGACAGAUGUGAGAAAACCCUACACGAGCGGGCAGACGUCAGUUGACCUCCAGGAACUUUUGUCGGGAAAGGACUUUUUGAAUGUUACCACUGAGGAAAGUCUUUUGCCUGAGGAAGCCUCGUACUCAGAAUCGGAUCAUUCAUACCAAAGAGAAACCCCUCAGUUUUCUUCCCUGUGAGAAAAUUUUCUGUUGCAGGAUGUCAGUUGCCAUCUGAAGAAUGGAAAUUGACCCCGCCUGGUUCCCUGCCCCACAUGCAGGAAUCAUCAAGGAGACAGACAUAAUGAUUAUUAUGUACUUAGGAAAACUUUCAGCUCCAUCUUUCUCCUUAGUUUACUCCGCAGUGUUAUCUCAGGAAAUUUUUUUAAAGGGAGGGAGAGACUAGAAGAGAAACUGAAACUUGUCAUAGUUCCUUCAGAUUUCCUUGCCACGCCUAUGGCGUUCUGUCAUGGAUUCCUUUAGUUUAGGUGGCAGGAGAACAGAUUCACUUCAGAGGUAAAGGACUGAGAUUCCUCGUGUCCUGUGUAGACAGUCCUUGCUGUCCAGCGCCCGUGAAGCCAGGCGGCGGAGGGCCGCUCUGCCAGCCUCAGAACUUUCAGUGUCUCUUGUUCUAAACCCGUAUCUGCCCUGCAGCACCUUAACUUGGGGGAGAGUUACGAAGGCCUAAACCACCACACCCCUUUGUAGUUGAGAUAAAAUGCACAAAUGAAUGGGCACGUCUUAUUGCACCAGUUAGGAGAGUUUGAGGCUUUGCUUUUUAGUCAACAAACCCUUUCUUCAUGUGGCUCUAAAGACCUCAUGUGCAGCCUUCUCUUGGCUGGUGCUGUUGCUUCGCUUCCUUGCCGUCGCUCUGUGGUAAAUCUUGUCAUUGGGUCGAGUGACUCCUCAUUUCCCAUACUGAAGAUUCAUGUAGCACUCCUAGUUGCUUUGAAUUUCCAUGUAAUUCUUGGAAGCUCCUGUCUGUUUUACCCAAAAGUGAUCUUUUGUUGAAUGUUGAUAGAAACUGAGUUAUAAUCGGUGGAUUGAAAGUCAGCGUCUACUGCGUUGAGCUUCCAGCUCAUGAACAUUUUGUCUCUACGUUCAUUUAAGUUUUGCUUGACUGACUUUGUUACUGUUUUAUAAAUGUCAAUAACAGGUCCUGUACGGUUUUUGUAAGAUUUAUAUCUUGGGUUUUUUUUUAAAUUUUGGUCAUUAUGGGUGGCAUUGCUUUUUUCAAUUUCCACACAGUCUUUGGUAGGACACAGAAAUACAAAUUUUUUUUUGGAAGCUGUUACCCUGCAAUGUACCUGUAGUCAUUUCUUUAGAUUGCUUGAGGUUUCCCACAUAGCAGUAUCACUUGCUAAUGGGGAGAAUUUCAUUUCUUCUCAUCGGUAUAUUUAUUCCCUUUUUUCAUUUUACUGUAUUAUCUAGUAUUUACAAUAGGAUGUUGAAUAGUAGUUGUGAAAAAGAAUACCCUUUCCUGGCUCCUGAUACAGGGGGAAAGCAUUGUUUUUCAUCAUUCAAUGUGAUGGUGUAAGGUUUUUUCAUGAAGAUUUCUUACCAAGUUCAGAAAGUUUCACAUAAUCCUAAUUUGCUGAGAGAUUUUUCUCAUCAUGAAUGGGUAUUGAAUUUUGUCAAAUGCAUUUCUAUUUCAAUUGAUAGAGUCUUGUGUUUUUUCUUUGUAGCCUGUUCAUGUGAUCCGUUUGCAUUGAUUUGAAUGUUGAACCAGCUUUGUAUCCUUGCAAUAAGCCCCAGUUGGCCAUGGAAUAUAAUUAUUUUUAUAUAUUAUAUUGCAGUAUUGAAUAUGCUAGUCUUUGUUGAGGAAAUUUUCUUCUAUUAGCAAUAUGUGGUUUUCAUUUUCACUUUUGUCUUUUUUGUUUUUGUGCUGUCAUUGUCUGAUUUUGGUGUUUAGGUAAAACUGGCCUCCCAGCCAGAGCUCCUGUGUUGCAUGGUUUUCCUUCUGGUAUUUGGGAAACAGUUUUUAGAAUUGGUUUUGCUUUUAUUUUAUUUUUUUUAAGUUUGGUAGCGUUCUUCUGUCUGGAUAUUUUUCUUUUGGAUGCUUCUUAAAUAUGUAUUUAUUUUAUUUAAUAUGUAUAGAAUUAUUCAGAGUAUCUAUUUCAAUUGCAAUGAAUUUUUAUACUUUGUCAUUUUUUAGGAAUUGUUCUGCCUAAAUUUUAUUUGUUUCAGGUAUGUCUUUGUCAUUCUUUUUUUUGGCAGUAAAACUUCCCAUCCUGAUACUGGAAAUGUGUCAACUCUCUCUCAGUCUUUUUAGACAUUUAUCAAUUUUAUCGAUCAUUUCAAAGAAGUAGCACUGUACAUCAUGGCUUUCCCUGUUGUCUCUCCGCCGUGCACUGUAUUGUCUGCUUUCCUCCCCGGUGGCUUUUCUUCCGCUUCUCCCUGGCAAGGGUGCUUCAGCUAGUGAGUUGCUGUAUUUUGCCAUUGCGCUGUUAACGGUUUUCCUCUCCAGCCCCGGCUUUUAGCUUUACCCCGUGUAUUUUCAUACAUUUCAUUUAGUUUUACUUUUUUUUUUUUUUUUUAAUUUAGAACUAAAUGGUUUAAUCUCUCAGUGUUUGGGAUAUUUCAUGCUCUUUGUUACUGAUUUGUUUUUGUUUUAUGUUUGAUUGUUUAAAUUAGUCGAGGUUCCUUCCGUCACCCAGGAUACAGUCUGUCUUGCUUAAUCUUCCGUAAGCCUGCUUGAAAAGAACGUGUGUUCUGUGUGUGGGCAGAGUUUGUAUAAACACCUGCAUGGUCCUGAGGGUUGGUGAACGAACCGGCGCUGCAGAGGCUGCAGGCAGCUUCACAGCCCAGCGCUCAACCGCUGUGUCACCAGGGGAGGCCCUAUUCAUGUUUCUAGAUCCCUGCUGACUUCCUGUGUGGCGUUUCGAUCAGCAGCUGGGAGGCUGUGGCAGUCCUACACUCAUUCUUCACAUGCCCCUUCAUGUGCUUCAUGUAUUUCAAAGCCCCCUUGUUUGGUGAAGACCCACACUGGAUUGCUCUGUCAUCUUGGGGUAGUGACUGCUUGAGCUCUCCAUGGUGUUCCUGUCCGCCUCUGUAAAUUCGUUGGGCCUUGAACUGUCCUUUACCUGCUAUUAACUUAGCCGCUAACGUAGUUUUGGUUUCGUGUUGGCAUGGUUUCUAAUUUGCCUUAACUUUAUUUUCAGCCAUGUCUGUAUGCCCCGAAACUUAGAUUUGAAGUUAGUCUCUGCGAACAACACACACUCGGUCUUGCUUUCUUUUUAACCAUUUUACCAAUUUUUAUUUUUAAAUUGGUGUAUUUAGACCAUUUAACUUUCAACUAUUUUUUGAUACAUUGGGGCUUAAGUCUUUUACUGACUUGUUUUUUGCUUUCGUUCUGUUUGCUGUUCUCUGUUACUGUUCUGUUGUUUUGCCUUCCUGGGGGUGAUGCUAAUUUUUAGAAUUCCGCUUGCUAUACCUAGGAUUCAGAGUCUCUUUGGAUCUCUCCGGUACAGAGAUAGUGUGCAUGCGUGACUGUGCUGCCCUGCGCUUCGACAUCGCAAGGCAUGGCCGUGGCCAUGAGCGCCUUGCUUCUGGGGGUCCCCUCGCGACUCCUCUCACACACACCACCGUGUUGGAUGAUGGUCUCGUUUUUGCUUCAACCGGCAAAGGUACUUUUACAGAACUCAUGAGAAAUAGUCUUUUUACCUCUCCUUAAUCAUUCCAUUCAUGAAGAAUGAAUCUUUCUUCAUGAAAUCCCAGGAUUUCUUCUGUUAAUAUUCUUUCUUUUUUGUGGGCUCUUAUAGUCUUCUAGGAUAAAUGUUUUUGUUUUCCUUCAUCUUAAAAAUGGCUGUCUCCUCCUCACUCCAAGGUUAUUUUUAUUGGAUAUAAAAUUUGGGGUCAGGUUUGUCAGUACUUGAGAGACGGUAUCUCCUUCUGUCCCCCCGGUGUCAGGUGAGAAGCUGGCUGCUGUCUGUCCUGUCAGUCUCGUGUCUCUGAGGCAGUCUUUCUGUCAAGCUGCUUUCUGUCAGCAGUUCAGACAUGGGAUUGUGCGUCCUGUUGUGAAAUAUCUUGGGCAUCCUGUUUGAUGUAUGUUCAGCUUUUUUUAUCUGUUAGUGUAUGCCCUUUGCCAGGUUUGGGGAAGCUUUUCCUUUAAUUCAAGUAUUUUUUCAGCCUCACAGUUCUCUCCUCUCUUUCAAGGACUCCAGUAACAUGAAUGGUUGAUCUUUCGUUCUUGUCCCUCAACGCCCGCCUUCCCUACCCCCCUGUCUGUCCCUCCGUGCCUUUGUCUGCUUUCUCUUUAUUGCUCAAAUGUUUUCAUUUCCAUUGAUCUCUCUUAGCUGCCUCAUUCUUUUCUCUCUCAUAUCCAAUUUGCGCUUUGACUUUUCAUUUUGGUUUUUGAUUUUUGAGCUGUUUAAUUUCUGUCUGUUCCUUUUAUAUGUAUUGUGUUUUCUUUGCCUAGUUAUAAAGCUGAAAAAGACUGAGAAUCCAGAGGAACUGCAGUCCAGUGCCAUGGUUCUCUGGUGGCUAGCCUUGACGUUGCACUAGAAAUCCCA